GAGGAAUGACUGCUGCAUCUGGGAUGUUCCGACAGAUGGAGCAUCGUGGAGUUGAGAGGAGGGUUAACACGGUCGGAAGUGGGCGUGGGUUUCUGAUCAAUCUGUUAAAGAAAGAAAAGAAAAGCAAAAAAAACAACAACUAACAAACGUAAGUGAAAGCAUCAGCUGUCAGCUGGGAGUCUCCCGAGGAAGAUGCGGUGUGUGCGCAGCGGCUGCGAGUGCUGGGAGCAGAUGACACGGCGACGGCUCCUGUGAGGGAGCUGCGCCCGCAGCCUGAGCCCUCCAGUCGGACUCGCUUCGGAGGAGCGACCCGCGGCCGUGGAGCUGCUCCUAUACGCGCAUACGGGAGGGAUAAACGCGUCUGCAGGGGUGAAGUCAUUGACACGGAGCUCAGUCUUACGUAAGGGAGCUUCGUGGAGGGAACCGGGAGCGCCGGUGCCGACCAGGACGCGCAGGUGCAGAAAAGAGGAGCACAGUCAUAAGUGGGUCCGUUCACCCAGCAUGAUCGUUGAAGCUGCCGGCUCCCAUUACCAGUGAGCACCAGUGAUAUGGAUGAGGGUCACAGGCAGGGAGGAAGGGAUGUCGCCGUGGCAGCCACUUCCAUCCUCCACACAGUGAAUCCCGACCUCGUCACGCUUACUGAUAAAAACAGGAAUGUAUGUCCCGAUUUUGUCCACGGAUUCCUUCAGAAUGACCCGGAUUUCAACUCUUCUCCACCGUUUGAGCGGGAAUACCUGCUGGAUGGAAGACUGAUGGAUAAUAACCAUAUAGGUCAUCAGGAAGGUAACAGCUCCUUCACAUCAAGAGGGGAUCCAAAUCAUCUUUAUAGAGAUAAAAAAGCUCCAGAUGACCCUCGUCACACCGACUCUGCUGUGUCCAAUCACAUUGCUGGCGUGCAGAAAAGUUGCGCAAGUGGAGAAAUCCACAAUGGAGGAAGAGAAAAUGUGUCUUUUGGUGCAGAUUCUUCCAUAUUCUCGCCCAGCGAGGCUAAAUCAGACGGUGGUGGUUCCUUUCUAAAAUCAAACCACGAACAUACAGACAGCAGCAGCCUGCAAGAUGAGAAUGCACAGUCUAGAGAGGAGACGGAUUUAGUCAUCGAAGUGGGUGGGCAGACCAUCAACGCACACAAAUCUGUCCUGGCGGAGAAAAGUGACUAUUUCAAAGCGCGGCUGUCACGCAACAUCCUGAAAGUAAAGGGCCUGAGUUACAAGACUUUGUCAACACUGAUAGAUUAUAUCUACACCUCUCAAAUCCAUGUCAGCAAGGAAAAUGUGGUUGAUGUCAUUACAGGGGCUAAAGUGUUGCAGAUCCCCUGUGCCGUCCAGGCAGCUAUGGACUCCAUGUCUGAGCAGGUCACUGCAGGGAACUGCUACGAGAUUCUUACCAUCGCCAAGAAGCAGCGACUCAGUGAGCUGAAGGAGACGGCGUACGGGUUCAUGAGCGACAAUUUCCUUCAGAUCCUCAAAGACCCCAGUGUCUACGGUCGUCUGACUGGCUCGGAGAGGGAUUUGAUCCUGAAGAAGAGAAUGGACGGGAGGAAGGUUCUGAUGGCCGCAGAGAUAAACGACGUGUUCGAUCGCGUUGGAAGUCGCCCGCCGAGUCGCUGCGGCAGCCGACCCCAGAGCCCCUUGUCUGUUGGGUCUCUGGAAGAGAAUCACAUGAUUUAUUACUAUAAUGAAGCACAAAAUGACUGGCGGUCUUUGACUGCGAUGCCUGAGGACGUCAACACCAAAGGAUGUGGGAUCUGCACCAUGUACAAUUACCUGUUUGUGGCAGGGGGAAUAAAAGGCCUCGGAGAUAAGGGGAAGGUUUCAGACAAGGUCUUCUACUACAAUCCCAUCACCAACCGCUGGGCUGAGAUCAGACCUCUGAAUCAAGCACGCGCCCAGCUAAAGCUCGUGUCUAUGGAUGGCUAUCUGUACGCCAUCGGAGGCGAAUGUUUGUUUACGGUGGAAAAAUACGACCCCCGAAUGGACCGCUGGACGACGGUGGCCCCGCUGCCCAAGGGAGCCUUCGCAGUGGCCCACGAAGCCACCACCUGCAGCGGAGAACUCUACGUCUCGGGCGGCUCCCUCUUCUACCGCCUCCUCAAAUACGACACGAAGCGGGACGACUGGCAGGAGUGCCCCUACAACAACAGCAGGAAGAAGUCCACCGACAUGGUGGCGCUCAAGAGCUUCAUCUACCGCUUCGACGUGAACCGCGAGCAGGGAAUCACCGUCUUCAAGUACAACACCAUAGUGAAAAUGUGGCACGACUGCGCGUCGCAGAGGCUCGGCAGUCACCUGCCCUUCAGGUGUGCCGUCAUCGGGAACUGCAUCUACUGUGUGAACAAAAGUCAAACUCUUCAGUUCGUGGUGGAGGAGGAGAACGCCUACUUCGUGGAGGAGACCCUGAGGGCACCUCUGGAGGCGAAGGGCAUUCUUUUCCCUUUUGUUCUUAGUUUGCCUGAAAAGCCGGAAAAAGCUACAUAGUGUGUGUGUAUGUGAUCCAGAAUAACAAAAAUAAAUGUGGUUUAGCUUAACUGCAAUAAGCAGGCGACCUUAAAGUCUUCAGUGUCAGCUCUUUCUCCUGUUUUCUCAUCGCCUGCUUACAAUGGAAUGUGUGUAUUUGCAUGGCUAUUUAAUGCAUCUACAGGGUUAAGCCUUAAAAGAAAACCUUUUUUAUUUGAGUAAAUGCAACAGUAUCAGUAUGUGACUGUAGACAAUGACAUUAUGAAAGUGAUAAUUUUUUUGUGUCCACUUUUGUUUGGUGCCCUUUUGUAGUUAGAAUAGAAGCAGUUUAAAGCAUAUAGACGCCUGGUGGCUUUGCAAACAAGGACAGGUGUUUUAGUGCGCUUUAUGAGCGAUGCAACACAGGCCCUAUGCAAAUGAAUUAAAAAAUGCUGGUGGGUUCUCUGUAAUAACAUGCUGUUUAGUAGUUUCUUUGAGUGGACCCAGCUUUUAAUUAAAUCUGUAAAUCAGAGCCAUAAAAACGUAUAUAAACAAACUGAUGAAAUCAUCCAAAGUUGUCUCCUUAUGAGACAAAUAUCUAUUUUAGGGAAUUUAAGAAGCUUGUUAUACCUAUAACUCUUCAGAUGAUAUUUUCAGUAAGCUAUAAUUUAAACAUUGUCAACUCAAAUUAAACACAUUAUUAUUAAAGUUCAUAAACUGCAUAUAUUUUUUAAUUCAGAACAUUAUAUUUUUCUAACAGUGAACACUAAUGGGUCAACAGUUCCUGCGUUUCGCACAUUUACCAAAAACAACCAUCCAGUCAGAAGAUAUUAAGGGAGAAUAACUAAAUUUUAUUGAGACUUAAAUUAUUCAGAAAAUAAAAUAAGAUAUUUCUGCAACUCAUGCCACCACACAUAAGAUCUAAAGCAAUAGCCUUUUUACUGAGAUGAGGAAGCUCAUUAUGCUGUUAACAGGUUCUGAAAGGGAAUGGUGGUUUUUCAUAACACAAAAGAGAUGUUUGUGCCAUCUUUCUUUUCCCUUAAUAAUCUGCUGGUUGUUCCCCUGUUACCAGGUUACUGGUGUGCUCUUCCAAGUCAAACGUUGAAUCAAAUAUGAUAUUGAUACAGCUCCAUUCUCUUCAUUAUGACACUAAUAAGCCAUAUUCCUCUUGCAUCAGUAGACAUUUAUGCAGAUUUCCCUUGAAAUUUUUAUUUUGUUGCAUUUUUUUUGUAAAGAAACUGCAGUAUUGUUUUUUCAGCUGCAAUAGCACAGUGGGAGUUUUGUAUGCAAGCUAAUGCUGGUAUAUUAUUGGAACAGAGUGCUUUUGUCAAUAUUCAAUCAAAGUAUUGAUCUGAUUCAGGUUAAAUCAAUGUGGUAUUGAUAUUUUGCUGGAUGGCAUCUGUAAUUUUGUGCGCUUUUGUUUGGAUGUUGGUGAUUUUUGGAUCUGCCGUUAUGAUGAACAGCAUACAGUGAAAGACUUCCUAUUAACGGUGCUUGAAGUGGGCUAUCAAAUUAGCUGUUGGAUAAUGAUUAUCAGUUGAAACGAAGUGCUUCAAAUAAAAUAUUUUCUGUCUGAAAA